UAAGCGUUGUAUGUUGUCAUUUUUAUGUAAGACCAAAAUUUUUAAAAUUGAAAUUUUGAUGAUAAAAUUUGUAUUUUUGUGUGUUUUAUUGGCGUUUUAUAGAAAUUUUAAUUAAGAUAUUAAUAGGAAAUAAGUAUUAUAAAUGUUACAAUAAGAUUUUAAUGCAAAAAUUUUAAAGUUUAGACUUAGAAAUUCAGCAAAUCCAAUCCAAAUGGAUUUUGGAAUCGAUUUUGUUAGAUAUUUUCCUAGGAACAGAAAAAAAUGUCCAGUAAAUGAAGAGCAAUUCAUUUGAAAUCUUCCUAAUGUGACACUAUCCUUUUUUAAGAAAAAAAACUUGGAACAAAACGAGAAACACAGAGCAUUGUCAGAAAGGAUUACAAAUUGUAACGAAAUAAAAUAUUUGAAAAGAAAUCAAUACUACCUAGUGUGUUUGAAAUUGCGCGUCAAAAACUUUAAGCAUUACAGAGCAAAGAAUGGCAAAUAAAAAAGUUAUCAAAUGAAUUUGAAAAAUUUUCAAAAAUUAAUUAAUUUACAUUUUCAUUGUUUGGUUAAAUUUAAAUGUUCUAAUAUACGAGUAUAUUUAAAAAAAUAACGUGUUCAGCGUAUUUAUCUCAAAGCGAUUUGCAUUUUUAAAAGAUAUUUUUUUAUAUUAAUUUUGUGAACUAAGACUUUUUUAUUUUCAAAUUAUAAUUGGUUUACUUUUAUUACAUUACAAAAAUAUUAAUUAAAAUAUAUUUAAAAUAUUAAAAUAAAUUAAAAUUAAACACAUAAAAUUCACAAAAAUCGAACGAAUACUAUUUUUCGGCAAAAUAAAUGGAAUAAAUUAUAAACUAAAAAGUUAUAAUAUAAUUCCGUGUAGAACAAUAUAUUCAUUUGUAUAACGUGAUUUGUAAAAUAGUUUUAAAAAUAAAUGUUUCGUCACGUCUUCGAUAAACACUUUAAGCAAUGCUGAGAAUUAAAAAGCAAUCUAUUUAGAAAAGAACAACAUUACUAAAGAAAGGAAAACGAAUUAAAUUGCUUACUUAAGAAUGUUGAACAAGAAAUUCAAUUUAAAAAAAAAUUUAAAAUUUAAAAAAUUAUUAAUUUGUUCCUGAGCUUAAAUAAAAUCUGUAUUGAACUUUGUUUGAAAUUUGAAAUUUCAAAAAUAUAAAAAAAAGUGAUGUUAAGAAGCAAUUAUUUAAAUUUAUAAAUUGAAAUUUAUAAAUUAUUAAAUUAUGUUUGAGGAAUUAAAAUUAAAUUGCCUUAAUAAUUCAUAAUUAUAAUAGCACAAUUUUCCGUGCAUAAACAUCUUACUUAAAAUUCUUAAAUAUUUGAAAAUCAAUUGGCAUUUUAAAAAAACAUAAAAAAAAUUGUAAAUAUUAAAAAAAUUUUCUUUUAAAAGAGAAAAAAAAUUCUUUUAACUCAAAAUAGUGCUAAUAAAUUUAAAUACUUAUGGACAUUUAAUAUACUAAGGUGCAUGAAGUGAAAGAUUAAAAAACAUAAAGUUCAAUUUCACAUUGCAUUACACCAUCAAACCAAUGAAUAUGAAAAAAAAAACAGUUUUUUAAAUUCGUUUUUGUGAACAUUUCAACAAAAUUCAUUUUUGUGAAACUUUCCUAAAAUAAUACAAAAAAUCCACUUUAUUGUAAAAAAAAUAAGCAAUAUUAAUAAUAACAACAGUAUUAUUAAGCACAAUAACAACAACUGCAAGAAAAAUAACAAAAUAACCGUUUUAUUAUACAACAUAAAAACAAUCGCAUCAAUGGAUCAAACAGACACAAUCGGUAGUAAUGGUAUUAGUACACAGCUGAUGACAUUUAUAUCAAUACGAUUGCAACAAGUGAGAACAUUUUUAUUACAUAGUGGCAAUCGUAUAAGGAGAACAACACAACAAACUUGGCGAAGAUAUCGUCCAAAACGUAAAGCAAGUUUUCGAAAUCAAAAAAGAAUACAAACAACAACAACAGAGCUAGGCGGAACAAUAAUAGGAGAAGGAGCAAUAACAACCACACAAAUAACAAUACCAACGUCAUCAACAGAACAAUCAUUUGCAAUAGAUAUAUUUAACGGUAGUGAAAGAGAAAGAAUAGGAAAUGUAAAUGGUAGUAGUGACCAUGAUAGUAAAUUGGAUAAUUCCAGGAUAAAAUAUGAUGAUGACGCAACGACAUCUGGUGUGACGUUAGAAGACUCAGAAAAACGUGUCAUAUAUAUAAACUCACCGCAACAACAAAAAUUUUGUAAUAAUUACAUAUCGACUGCAAAAUAUAGUAUCAUUAGCUUUUUACCAUCGUUUCUUUUCGAGCAGUUUAGACGAUAUUCAAAUUGUUUCUUCUUAUUAAUUGCAUUACUUCAGCAAAUUCCAGAUGUAUCCCCAACUGGCCGUUAUACAACAUUAGUUCCAUUAAUUUUUAUACUUGCAGUGAGCGCAAUAAAAGAAAUUGUUGAAGAUUUUAAGCGGCAUAGAGCUGACAAUGAAAUUAAUAAUAGAAAAGUUGAAACAUUAAAGAAUGGCUCAUGGAGUUCUGUUCAAUGGCAUAUGCUAUCAGUAGGUGAUAUUGUUAAAAUUCAUAAUAAUACAUUCUUCCCAGCCGAUUUAGUUUUGUUGUCUUCAAGUGAACCACAGGGUAUGUCUUUUAUAGAAACAGCAAAUCUUGAUGGUGAAACAAAUUUGAAAAUACGACAAGGUGUACCUUCAACAGCUCGUCUAUUAGAUACAUAUGGUUUAAAUAAUUUAACGGGUGUAUUAGAAUGUGAAUUGCCAAAUAGACAUUUAUAUGAAUUCAAUGGAGUUCUUAAGGAAACUGCUGCUCCAUCUGUUGCCCUUGGACCAGAUCAAUUGUUAUUACGAGGUGCAAUGUUACGCAAUACAUCAUGGGUAUUUGGUAUUGUUGUUUAUACUGGGCAUGAUACAAAGCUCUUAAGAAAUUCUACCUCAGCACCGUUAAAGCGUUCAACUGUUGACAGACUGACCAAUACACAGAUUUUGAUGUUAUUUAUAAUACUUAUUUUUCUUUGCCUUACAAGUGCCAUUUUUAACGAAAUAUGGACAAGAAACCAUUUAACAACAGACUGGUAUCUUGGAUUAGACGUAGAUGUUUUAAGUAAAAAUUUUGGAUACAAUCUUCUUACAUUUAUUAUUUUAUACAAUAAUUUGAUUCCUAUAUCUCUCCAAGUAACGCUGGAAUUAGUUCGUUUCUUACAAGCAAUUUUCAUCAAUUUUGAUGUUGAAAUGUAUCAUGAAGAAACUGAUACUCCAGCAAUGGCAAGAACAUCAAAUUUAAAUGAAGAACUUGGACAAGUAAAAUAUAUAUUUUCCGAUAAAACCGGCACUUUAACAAGAAACGUUAUGGAAUUUAAAAAAUGUUCAAUUGCUAGAAAUGUAUAUUUAGUUGAAAGCGAUCCCGAACAAUCACUUUUAGUUCAAAAUAUUCGUAAUAAGCAUCAAACAGCACCGAUAAUCAAGGAAUUUAUGAAUUUAUUAGCAGUUUGUCAUACUGUAAUACCGGAAAAGAAUGAUGAUGGUUCAAUUACUUAUCAUGCGGCUAGCCCAGAUGAAAGAGCUUUAGUUGAUGGUGCCAAAUAUUUUGGUUAUAUUUUUGAUAAUCGAACUCCUACAUACGUUGAAAUUUUCGCUUUAGGUGAACUCCUGCGAUUUGAAAUCUUAAAUGUUAUUGAAUUUACAUCCACUAGAAAACGAAUGUCAGUUAUAGUUCGAACACCAGAAGGUGAAAUAAAAUUAUUUUGUAAAGGAGCUGAUACUGUUAUAUUUGAACGUUUAUCACCACAAGGUCAAGCUUAUCGAGAAGUUACUUUAAGACAUUUAGAAGAAUUUGCUUGUGAAGGUUUACGUACAUUAUGUUGUGCUGUAGCUGUAAUACCUGAAGAUGUUUAUGCUGAAUGGAAAGAAACUUAUCAUAAAGCAGCAACUGCAGUGAACUACCGUGAAAGAAAAUUAGAAGAUGCUGCAAAUUUAAUAGAAAAUAAUCUAAUGUUGUUAGGUGCAACUGCUAUAGAAGAUAAAUUACAAGAUGGUGUUCCAGAAACAAUUGCCACAUUAUUAAAGGCUGAUAUAAAUAUAUGGUUACUAACGGGAGAUAAACAAGAAACUGCAAUCAAUAUUGGGCAUUCUUGUAAACUUAUAACUAGUUCAAUGGACUUAAUAAUAUUGAAUGAAGACAGUUUAGAUAGUACUAGAGAAAUUAUUCAUAAACAUUGUGGUGAACUUAGAGAACAAGGUAUAAAAGAAUGUAAUGUUGCAUUAAUUAUAGAUGGAAAGACAUUAAAAUAUGCUCUAAGCUGUGAUUUGAGAUUAGAUUUUUUGGAAUUGUGUAUAGCAUGUCGAGUCGUUAUAUGCUGUAGAGUUUCCCCGAUUCAAAAAGCGGAGGUUGUAGACUUAGUUUCAACGAAUACUAAAAGCGUAACAUUGGCAAUUGGCGACGGUGCUAAUGAUGUAGCAAUGAUACAAAAAGCACAUGUAGGCGUAGGAAUUUCAGGAGUAGAAGGUUUGCAAGCGGCAUGUGCAUCUGAUUAUUCAAUAGCACAAUUUAAAUAUUUGUUACGUUUACUACUAGUACAUGGAGCAUGGAAUUAUAGCCGAAUAACAAAAUUAAUUUUAUAUAGUUUUUAUAAAAAUGUUUGUUUAUACGUAAUUGAGUUAUGGUUCGCCAUCUAUUCUGGAUGGUCUGGACAAAUUCUAUUUGAAAGAUGGACUAUUGGUUUUUACAAUGUGUUUUUCACAGCAUUACCACCUUUUUCCAUGGGUCUUUUUGAUAAAGUAUGUUCAGCGGAAACUAUGAUAAAAUAUCCCGCAUUAUAUAAAACGUCACAAAGUGCAACUUUAUUUAAUGUCAAAGUUUUUUGGAUAUGGAUUGGUAAUGCAUUAUUACAUUCGAUAUUAUUAUUUUGGUUACCACUGUUGGCUUAUCAAUCAGAAUCGAUAUGGGGUAAUGGAAAAACUGGUGGCUAUUUAGUUUUAGGAAAUACAGUUUAUACAUUUGUGGUGAUCACAGUUUGUUUGAAAGCCGGUCUCAUUAUGAAGUCAUGGACGUGGUUAACUCAUGUUUCAAUAUGGGGAUCAAUAUUAUUAUGGUUCUUAUUCAUUCUUGUAUACAGCCAUUUAUGGCCUCAUUUUCCAUUUGCUGCUGUAUUUUGUGGAAUGGAUAAAAUUCUCUUAUCAUCACCUGUAUUUUGGUUGGGGUUAUUUUUAAUUCCAUUAGCUUCACUUUUAGUAGAUGUUUCAGUUAAAUUUAUUCAUUUAUCUAUUUAUAAGCCACUAACAGAGGCUGUUAGAGAAAUGGAAAUUAAACGUGAUGAUCCAGGUCAUGUUAUGAGAGAAUCUAGAUCUUCAUUAACAGAAACCGCAAGGCUUCUGAGAAAUGUCCGAAGCGUUUUCACACGUCGUACAAAUACUAGAGUUGACACGGAACUAGAACUUUCCCACGGAUAUGCAUUUUCACAAGAAGAAGGUGGUGUUGUUCCACAGUCAGCUGUUAUACGUGCAUAUGAUACAAAUUUACGAAAACCACAAGGCAACUGAAUUCAAUGAUCUCAAAAAAAAGAAUAAUAAUCAUAAUAUAAAAACUAUGAUUAAAUUAAUAAUAACAACAAUAAAAGUAAAUGGAAAGACCCAGUUAUUAACAAAAAUUAAAUUAUAAGUAAAAUUAUUUUUUUACAAAUAUAGGCACACAAAUAUUUUAAAAUUUAAUUUUUUUUUCAUAAUUCACAAAAUAAAAUCUAAUAAUUUAAUUCUUUAUACUUCUUCCUUGCACUUUUUAAAUUAAAUACCAAACAGACCGAAGAUGAACUGCCUUUCAAAUUACAAAUGAACGAUAUAAAAGAAAUAAAUUAACAUAAUAACAUAAAUUAACAUAAUAUAAUAAGUGAAUUAACAAUGAAUAAAAAUACAAUUAAUAAAAAUUUAUGUAAAUAAUAUUAUGUAUUUGAUUCAGUUUAAAAUUACAUAUGUUCAUAAAAAAUCUUGCGCCAUAAUAAUUUUGUUCUUCAGAUUUCAAUUACAGAUUCAUUUUACAAAACAUUAAAUAUUGAAUUUUAUCAAAACGGAAAAGAGUUCAAAAUUUAAGUGCAAUUCAUUUAGUAAGAAAAUAAAUUUCUGAGUUAAAAAUAAAUUAAAUUUUAAAUAUUCAAUUGGCUAAAUUUAAAAAAAAAUUGGAAUAUUGGAUAACAGAAUUUAAAAAAAAUGCUUAUAUCGCAAUAAUUUCUUUUGAAAAACUAAUCAAAGUUUAAUUGAACAAAAUUUGAUGGAAAAAAUUCUAAAAUGAAUAAUUAAAGCUAACCAUUUGCCACAAAAAACAAAAUUGAUAUUAGAACCCUAUUCUAAUACAAACUGUUCCAAAAAAUGUAAUUGAAAAAUUCUUGCAUCAGAAACUUAGCUUAAUUCAUUAUAGUGUUAUUCAAAUUUUUCAUAAUAGUCUCAUUCCUUAGAGAACUUUUUAAUUGAAUUUUUUUCAGAUUUCCAUUUGGGAUUAAAUUUUAAUUUUUGGAACAGUAGAAAUUAUCUUCAAAAAUAGAAAAAGAUGAAUCGAAAAGUCAUAUAGUGAAAUUUAAGAUGGGGUUUCGUUAAUAUUCGUUCGGUCUUAAAUAUCACAGCUGCGAUAUUCAUAGUAAAAAGUGGUAUUCAUUUUUAAUUAAUUUAAAAUUUAAUAGCUGUGUUAUUAAAUUCUGAAAUAAAUUUAUCGAAAACACACUUAUAAAUCUUUUUCUUUAUACUCGUUGAAAUUAUAUGAAUGUUAUUUAUUACACACGGACAUAAUAAUAUGUACAUUUAAAUAUCAAUUACGUACAUAUUUUAACACAAUAAAUUUUUUACUUAAAUUAUUAUAAUAAUAUAAUAUUUAUGCCGAUAUUUAUAUACGUUUAACAAGUUAUCAAUAAUCCAAAAACAAAAUAUAUAUGUACAUAUGUAUAUCUUAAAAAUGCAUUAACAUAGUUAAAGAACUUUAAAUGUAAGAUAAAAAAUAAACAUUUAACAAAAAAAAGAAUAGAAUACAAAGCACACUAAAUUUUUUCUUAUAAAAGGACACCGGUUUUUUUUACCUCCUAUUGCUUUGCUAAAAAAAUAUUACAUAUACAUUAUAUAUUCAAUAUUAAAUAAAAAAAUCUUACACAUGUACACAAGCAUAUAUCAAUUAACUAUUUUUUAGCUAACAUUAUAUUUAUACAUGUUAAAUAUAAAUUUAAAGGAAAAAAAUAAUGAUAAAAUUAUAUAGUUUAUUUAUUAUAUAGGUUGUUAUUAUUAUUUUAUGGAAAUAAAAUAGUGAUAAUAUCCUAUGUAUAAAAACCUAGCCCAAAAAAAAAUAGAAUAUAUAAAAUAUAUGUAUGUAGUUUUAUUUCAAUAAUUCAAUGGUCAAGGACAAAAUAACAAAAUUUAAUUAGAAAAAGGAAAAAAUUAAAAACAAGUAAAGGUUAAAAGACAAAAAUUUUUUAUUUUAACUUUUUUUUUGUUGUCAAAAAAACAAUAAUUUAAUUGAAAUUUGAUUUUAUAUUGUUUCGGAAAUAUCCAUUUGAAUGAAUGUAUGUAUACGUUAUAUGUACAUAUAUUUUCCUAAUUUUUAAUAUCAAAAUUAUUGCAUAACAUUAUCGUAUAUGUACUAUAAUAGUGCCAUUAGAACACAAUUAUUUAAAAAUAUUAAUCGAAUUAUUCUUCAAGAGUAAUUCUUUAUUUAGUAACACUUUUAGCAAAUCAAAAAAAAAUGAAACAAAAAAGAAACAAUUUGAAUGCCAAGUAAUAAAAAUAAGCACACUUGCAUCAUACACGAAAUGUAUGUACAUACAAUUAAUAAAUAAAAAAAUAUUAAAAUAUUAUUUUACUAUUAAUAUGUUAUUUUGUUCGUUAAUUUGAAGUGUUUAUAUAUGUACACAUAUUAUUUAAGUUUUUUUUUUGCCGUAGUAAUAAGGUUGUAUAAUUUAAGUAAUAAUUGAUAUUUAUAGUUGUAAUAAUAACUUUAUUGGACAAAGUUUUUUAUAUCUUCUAUCUAACUAUAAUAUUAUAUUUGAGUAUAUAUUUUUAUAAAAAAAAAAACAGAGAAAGUAAAGUAAUACGUAUAAUGGAAAGAUAAUAAGUUUGUUUAUUAAUAUUUUCGUUUUUUUAUAAAAAUAUUUAUGGAAUUCCUGUUAACAAUUUUAAUGACUUUCAACUACUAUCUACACUUGAACGUUAUGUAAAAUGUUAUAAAAACAUAAUAAAAAAAUAUAAUCUAAUCUAAUUUUCCAUAAUUGGCUGUGUAUCUUAAAAGUGUUGAAUGCUUCCACACACAUCCAAAAUAAGGAAAAUUUUAAUUAAACGAUCAAAAUUUCCUGUUUUUAUAUAAUAUCAAUUUUUUGAUUUAAUUUUAUAAUUCAAUUAUUUAAAAUACUUUAUAUUGGGGAAACAUACGUUCAGUUAAAUAAUAUUCCGUAUUAUAAUUUUAUUAUGUAAAAUAUUAUGUAAAAUUAUAAUUUACAAAUUAUAAUUUAUAACAAAAUUUUUGUUAACUAAUUUUAAGUUCUUAAAAUUUGCGUAAAAUAUUUUUUGAUACCAUAUAUUUAUGUAAUAAAUGUUAAGAACUUAAGAUAUAAUUAUUCAUUAUCGCUAGAUAGCGCUUGAACUUAACACAAUAAUUGCUUCAAAUAUACUUU